AUGGUCGGUACAGGAACGAUGGCGAAUCCAAGUCGCACUGACAUUGCGUACAGAUACAAUCCGGCAUUCCAUAUGGAAUGCGGUCGCUCGACCGGCCGCACUCCGCCCCGCGGCGACGCCCGCUCUCCUUCAUGUUUUCUUAGCCAUUCGCUUCCAGGUCGGACACUUGGAGUGCGAGUGCAACACUGCGAUAUACCAACGUUCGCACUGAAGUUGCGGAGCGGACUGAGCGGCGAGGGGGCUCCGGCCGGCGUCGGACUCGGUGAUGUGAGCGUGGGGAGCGGUGCGGGGCGUGCGCGCUCGAGUCGCCGUGCCGACGUGGCCGCCCGCCGCCGCCGCCGCUUAGCAACGCGCCGCUCGCCCGGCGGCCCGCAGGACCCGAGA